GGCGGGAUGGACAAAAAUCAUAACGCCAAGUGGAACUUGAGAGAAGUAAGACAGAAACAGCCCGGGCAGGGAGCCAGGAGAGCGGCGCGUCAGUCCCUCCAAUAUCACCUCUCUGUUCUACAACAUUUCAUUGAAAGAAAGAAGAGUCCGAAGAGACACUGCGACGCUUUGCUCUGGAGACAAAAUGUUAUCGACAGCGCGCGAGGCUUUCACCGAGAGAGCGUAAUGUUGUGGACUGUACAGUGAGUUAGCUCGCGAUCUAGCCGAGCGAUGCUAGCGAGGCGCUGCCGCGUCUUCGGAAGGAACCAGCACAUGACCCACGGCGAUUUCUAUGGAUACACAUCUUUUGACGUGGGAUUCUGAGAGAGCUGCCAAACACAGGUUCGUCUUUGAAGCGGUUCAAGCCUCCCGCCGACUGUCAUGGACAACGUGAGAUCGCGCAGUUUUAGCAAUGACGAGGAUGAGGAGCUGCUCUCCACAGACCCCGAGAGCAAAGAGAAGAGCAAAGAUAAAAAGACCCUGUGCAAAGUGAAGUGGUCCAGAGACGAGGAUGAAAAGCUGAAGAAGCUUGUCGAGCAGCAUGGAACUGACUCCUGGAAACUAAUAGCCAACUUUUUUCCAGGGAGGACAGAUGGCCAGUGUCAGCACCGCUGGCAGAAGGUGCUCAACCCGGAGCUGGUGAAAGGGCCCUGGACAAAAGAGGAGGAUCAGAAGGUUAUCGACUUGGUACACAAGUAUGGCCCCAAACGUUGGUCAGUGAUCGCGAAGCACUUACAGGGCCGGAUUGGAAAGCAGUGCCGUGAGCGGUGGCACAACCACCUUAACCCCGAGGUGAAGAAGUCCUCGUGGACUCAGGAGGAGGAUCGAAUCAUCUAUGAUGCCCACAAACGCCUCGGCAACCGCUGGGCGGAGAUCUCCAAGCUCCUUCCUGGACGGACGGACAAUUCCAUCAAGAACCACUGGAACUCCACCAUGAGGAGGAAGGUGGAGCACGAGGGCUACCUGCAAGAUGACUGCAAGACUCUGACUUCCUCUCACGCCGGGGGCAAGAGGCGCCACCACAGGCUGUGUCCCCCGACUCCAGCAGAGCCUCAAAACUGUGAUCACAGUCCCCUGUCGAUACCAGGACCCUGCCAGAUGGGGGGAUAUCCAUACGAUCCUCACAGUGGACACAUGAUGGAAAGUCUUCCUGAAAAUCCAGGCUUCCUGCCGCCACCCUGCCUGGAUGAUCCCGACAGAGAGCAAAGAAUUAAGGAGCUUGAGCUGCUGCUUAUGUCAGCAGAGAGUGAAGUCCAGCGACAAGUGCAGUGCAGAGGUCCACGUAGCUUGGAGCCGUUCUCUGUCUGGUCAGACAGUGUGUCAGAUGACAUGUUGACCACAAGUAGCAGCAGCCUGGAGGAGCAGGCAGAGAGAAAGCCCUGGAGGGGCCCAGAGGUUGGCCAGGGUCCUCCAGCACAGCUUCCCAUCUCUCCCAGUAAGUUCCUGGCAGUGGAGGCCAGCACUGUGCUCUCCACCCUGCAGAGCAUACCGGAGUUUGCAGAAACCAUGGAGCUCAUUGACUCUAUGUGUUUCGCUCUGCAGGACCCUGUUACAUGGAGCGACGUGGCCAGUUUUGACCUGUCAGAGGCAGAGACACCGCCCAGGCACAAUUUGGCAGGCUUCACCACUCUCCUGCAAGAGAGGACGAUGGAUACUUCAGGGGGCUACGCGUUCAACACUUCGACCACCAUUUCAAGCCGAGACAAGAACUGCGCUCCCUUUGGUCAGGGCAGUGUCACCUCUCUGACUCCCAUCAACUCAUCCAAACCCUCCCAGGCAUCUGCUGGGAGGAGGAGGAGGAGAGAGAGGGGAGAAGCGUCUCCCCUGUGCGACAGGACCUGUUCCUCGUUCUUAGAGAAUAACUCAAAUUCUCCAAAAAAGACACCCACAAAGUCACUGCCGUUUACACCGUCACGAUUCUGCAACAUAUCGGGGGUGGAGCAUCUGAGUCUGGACAACCCUGCCCUCACCUCAACUCCUGUGUGCGGCCAAAGGUGUCUCCUCAACACGCCGCUCCACAAAGAAACCACACCCAAGCACCAGAAAGAGAACGAUGGUUCGCGGACGCCCAAGUUCCGUAAAACUGUAAUGAUUCCAACCCCAAGGACACCGACUCCUUUCAAAAAUGCUUUGGCUGCCCAGGAGAAAAUGCACGGGCCCCUGAAGAUGGAGCCACAGCCUUUGGCAUUUCUAGAAGAGGACAUUCGAGAAGUUCUGAAGCAGGAGACCGGAGGGGACAUCUUCAUCAGAGCAGAUGUGCAGCCCGACUACAGAGCAUGGAAACAUAAUAUGGAUGGCCCCGCUAGAAAAGUGCGCAAGUCCCUUGUGUUAGACCCUUGGGCUAAAGACUGCCUCAACGUCCAACUCUUCCAAGAGCAGAACAACAACAACAACAUCACAGAAAAGCCGGAAGAAAGUCUCCUAACAAGUUCCUCGCUGAUCACCCCGAUCCCCGAGCAAGAGGAGUGCAGCCGCCCUUUGACUUCUGGGAGAGAGAAGCCCGCGUUAAUCCCUGUGCAUCCCCAUCGCGUAACUAGCCCGCGGGUCAAGAAGGUCCCCCCUUCCCACAAAGCACCAAAACCCGCCGCUGCACAGGUGAGUGAGUGGGAAGCAGUGGUUUAUGGGAAGACGGAGGACCAGCUGAUUAUGACAGAGCAGGCCCGUCAGUACCUGAACCCUUACCCGUCGUCUGGCUGUACCUCAAGGGCCCUUGUGCUUUAAAGCCGCUCGCUGCGAAGGCGACACUACUACGCCCCGUCCGACAACUAAAAACCUCCACUGAAACCCUGUAAGAGACAAUCCAGUGAAGACAAAUUAAUAUUAUUUUUUAUUUUGAUGCAGGUAUGCAAUGCCAAGGACGUCCACAAACAGGCAUGGCUGCUGGUAUCAUUCUCACUGCCCAAGUAGUUUGUUGUUUUGCAGGUUUGGCCUGUACUUCCUUUUGAACACACACAGCCUAGCUACAGGAGUUUUGUACAGAUGAGAAAAAGGCUAGAAUUUUUUUUUGCACUAGUUAGCAGCGUUGAAACAACCUGCAUAUAUAGUAGGCUGUAGACAUAGUGUUUAUUACUAGCAGUGGCUGCUUCUGAGUUUUAUAUUGCUAAUAUAUUGUUCAAAUAACAAGAGACUUUUUAUGACGUAUUGCUAUUUGUGUAUCGACGUGUUUUGCUAAACUGCCCCGUUGCCGUUCUCAGAUACAAACCACGCACAUGCAACAUCUGUAGCUUUUUAUUGACACCCAUGUAUCUUUAAAAUCACACCAUGGGUUCUGAACCGACUCAUAGACGCAUACAGUACAUAUUUAUAAUGUUAAGCUUUUUUUUUUAAUCAGAGACCCAAUAAUGAAGGUAGAAAAAAAAAUUUGUGACAGCAAUGUUAUUGGUGAAUGCUUAUGUGAAGUUUUUGAAGAUGGAAAUUGGAAGCUGUCAGUAUUGCACUACUGAGUCGUAUUUGCUGCUGAGGAGCAAUGUUUUUAAGGGCAAACUGGAUAGCACUUGUGAUGGUAUCAUUUUUUUUUAAAUUUAUAUAAUAACAUUUCCUUUCCAAGGCCAUAGAGUCUCUCGAGACACGGGUUGAAUGUAUUUCAUUGCAAUGUGCAUGCGUAAGAACCUCAAGAAUGGAAGGGUACCUUUAUGUUUAUUUCUGUUUGUUUUAUUUAUUAUCUGACAGCUCUAAAGCCUAGAUAUUAAUAUCUAAUCAGAUACCAUGACAUUUAAAAAAAAAAGGAGUUUAACUUUGCUGACAAAACGGCCUAAAAAAACCUUUACAGUUCUGUCAUACAAAAUGAACGGUCGCCAUCGCUGUGGUCGGUGUUCAUGUCAUCAGUGUUCUGCAACAGGCAUUCGGUCAAGAAGGAUUUAUUUUCUAUGUGAAGGCUGUAGGUUUUAUUUAUUUAAUGUUUACUAAUUUAUUUAUUUCUUUAAAAAGAAAAAUCUUUAAGAGAAAUUAUUGAAGAAUUUUAUUGCCUUUUUUUUUCAAAAUCAGGAUCAGGCUAACAUUCAGUUUCAUCACACCAAGUUAGAAGAGCGUGCACUGCCACUAAUUUAAUGUUUCAUUUCGGGCAAGAUCGGGCAAAUUAAUCAUCGUGUAGUCGAAUCUGUGAUCUUGUAACAUGUAGAUAGACACAACAUUUUUUUCUUCCCUUGAUACAAAUGUGCUCUUUGCUGUUAGGUAGCAGGACUCCACCUCUGACCUCUAAUCAUAGACAAAUUGCACUUUUUUUUUUAAAUGCUUGUUUGUUCAUUCUGAUGAUGUAGCUCUUGUCCUCUUUUAUUUGUGCGCGUGUGUUCGAGUGUGAGUUAGAUGGAUUUCAUUUUGUAACGGAUGCUGACAUUAAGAUCAUGCUGCUUAAUUUUAACAUGUUCUUUUCUCCUGUUCUGCUGCAGAAAAGUGUUUAAAAUGCACUACACGUAAACCGUCCAAUUUUUCUAGACGAGAUGAUUGGGCAAAAAGAAACAAACCUUGCAUCCUGCUGAAAUGCCGCUGAGCGAGAUCCUAAAUCCCUGCCUGCUCACUAAUUAUGAAAGAAUGUAAAUACACACGAUUCUGAGGAAAUGUACUACCACACUGUGCUUCAAUGAUAACAGGCAGGUUCAUUUUCAUAUUUAACCUUUUUCUUACGAAGCAAACUUUCUAUUAUCUGGUUAAGUGACACGAUAGCUAUAAAUGGCCUUUGUGUCGUCGGCAUCGAUUGAAACCAGCCUUAGUUGUAAUCUGGAUUAUCCUGCGUUUGGGUGAGAAUAAGAAGGGAAUCUUGUAGGGGGGAUCAAGUGGAAAGAUUACGGAGUAUUGAGUACACAACUGUUUUUAAUCUGGGAUCUGAGAUGAGUCUAAUCUGUACAUAUUUGUGUUAUUCGUUCUUGUGUUUGUACAUUCCGUUUGUUGAGUCCAAGUUAAUAUGUUUGUGUGUUAACAGCAUAGGUUUUGAGGGAAUUGAGUACAUCGACAGGAUGGUAGCACCUGUCAAAUACUACUGUAGUUAUGCAUGAGCAAUACAAAAGACGCUGGACUUUGAGAAUCGCAGAUUGUAACACUCCCAACUGUUUUGAAGCAUUUUCAUAACCAAGGCACCGCAGGCACCAGGCCAAAUUUCUUUGUAACCGUGUACUUAAUGUGGAAAAAUAAAAUGCAUUUGUGGCAUGA